AUGUUCGCAUACCCACCGCUCAAAGAAACCUCCGCCGGCAACCUAAGACUUCUUCGGAUUGAUGGCACCUUAGACGGUAGCCCGUCUGGCGAUUUGUGUUGUACCCUCGUCGCCGCACAGCCGUGGAUUACUGGAGAGCAUUACGAAUGUUUGAGUUACUGUUGGGGCAAUUCAACGGAAGCAGGUCGUCUCUUCAUUAGGACGUCUGAACACCCGACAUGCAACUAUAAGCAAGUCAAAGUUAGCAUGAACCUUUGCAGUGCAAUGCGCAAGCUCAGAUCAACGCAUACUAUGAAGUGGCUGUGGAUUGAUGCCAUAUCUAUCGACCAAUCAAAUUUAAAGGAGCGCGCUUCCCAAGUUGCCAUGAUGAAAGAUAUAUACAGCAAGGCUUCAGGCGUUGUAAUCUGGCUCGGAGAAGGCGAUCGUUGUUUAACUGCUUCUGUGUCCACCAUAUCUGCCAUAUCGGAGCGUUUCCAAGUAGACACACGGAUUGCGCCAACAUCCAUCGUGGGGCCUGAUGGCCUGCGUUUGACUGCAAUCGAUAUAGAACAAUUACGCUCAUAUGUGUCCAUCGAGAUACUGGGAACCACGCUGGAGCAUGCUUACAAGCUUCUCGCGCACUUCUUUGCGCUGCCUUGGUUCCGCCGCGUCUGGGUGCUGCAAGAAGCAUUCGCACACAAUAAGAUCACUGUUCGACUAGGAGAGCAUACACUGCCAUGGGGCGCAGUCAUUCUAGCAGCUAUUUGGGCCUCAGGAUUCACGCGCACAUAUAUCGCCAAGUCGGCCAAUGAGUACCCAGCCGAAGGCGCCAUGAAUCGAGGCUAUUUGCCGGAGCUUUGGCUCGGACUCUUACAUACAAGAGCUACUAGAGGCUUAUCCAUGCUCGAGCUAGUAUCACGUACGAGAGAUUUCGAGGCCUCGGAUCCGAGAGACAAGGUCUUUGGUCUUCUCGGUCUGGCAAAUGAUGUUGGCAAUCCUCAGACUCGAACAGUUGGCCUUCGCCCAGACUACACUAAAAGUAAGAACGAAGUCUAUGCUGCAUUCGCCAAAGAUCUCAUAACAAAUACGGGAAGCCUGGACGUCCUAUCCCUUGUGAACACCUUUACCCCUCGAACGCAAAAUCAAGAAUUAGUCUCAUGGAUGCCGAACCUUGAUGCACGAGUAGCUACAAUCCGCGGGUUGGGGUUUCCGAGAAAGUAUAAUGCUUCCUUCUCAACAAUAGCCAAUGUGGACAUCGUCACUCAACACAAACAAGAUAAUCUUACUCUAGUCCUCUCUGGCUUCUACAUUGAUACAGUCCACUAUGUCACAGAGAGCACUAUGUCCUUUUCUCGGGACCUCAAGGUUUACAUCAAGGGUCAUAUCGAGGCAGUCACAGAGUUGUGGAAGACCUACGUGAGAUGCAGCAACCCUGGCGUCCCAGAAAACAUUAUUCUGCAAUCCUACAUCGAACUCAUGGCCGCUGCUGGAUUUGCUAUGCCCACCGAGUUCCCUGCCUAUCCUCUAGGCAAGAUCGUUCCGUCUCGCGAGGUACCCUCACUAGUCGCAGAUUUUGCAGCGUACUGGUCUCGAGUUGAACCCGAGUUUUCAAGCUUCUCUGAAGCUCUCGGAUCCCGUCUCAAACAGCUGGCCGAAUUGGGCAAUGCAGAGCAAUUUGGUGUGCUUGCAGGGAAAGCGUGCCAUGAGCGACAUUUCUUCCUCACCGCUAGAGGACGUAUAGGUCUUUGUCCGAGGGAUGCACAAGAGGGGGAUCGGAUCGUCAUAUUGUAUGGAGGGAGCGUGCCGUAUGUGUCGAGAGCGAGAGAGCGUGGGAAUUGGACUUUUGUUGGCGAGUGCUACGUUGACGGUAUUAUGUUUGGGGAGGCAGAGAAGAUACAAAGGCAGGAUCAGAUCUUUCCUCUGCUGUGA